GCAGCUGGGUCACUCCUCUCAGCCCCUCCCUUCCCUAUCCCUGGGGAACUGGGGCGGGGCAGGGACACCACCUGGGCCUUAGGCCGGUCCCCCGCCCCCAGGGGGCUGGGCAUGAGCUUUGCUGGGGACCCUGCUCUGGCUUAGGCGGCUGCUGUGGGCGGGCCCUGGCCUUUUCCAGCCCCUGGGCCUCCCCCUGCAUUCUGGAGUCCAGAGCCACUGCCUUUGCUCCAGCCGCUGCCACCCCAUCACCUCUCCUUCCCUGCCUCUAACCCUCCUUCUCGCCGCUCCCUCUGUCCAGCUGCUCCUCCCACUUGGCCAUGACCACAGCCCCUGCUGGGACCCUGGCCCAGCUCUGAGUCCUGGGACCCUUGGUCCCCUCCCCUGGGCCAUGGCCAACUCAGGCCUCCAGCUCCUGGGCUACUUCUUGGCCCUGGGUGGCUGGGUGGGCAUCAUCGCUAGCACUGCCCUGCCACAGUGGAAGCAGUCUUCCUACGCAGGCGACGCCAUCAUCACCGCCGUGGGCCUCUAUGAAGGGCUCUGGAUGUCCUGUGCCUCCCAGAGCACCGGGCAGGUGCAGUGCAAGCUCUACGACUCGCUGCUCGCCCUGGACGGUCACAUCCAGUCAGCGCGGGCCCUGAUGGUAGUGGCCGUGCUCCUGGGCUUCGUGGCCAUGGUCCUCAGUGUGGUUGGCAUGAAGUGCACACGGGUGGGAGACAGCAACCCCAUCGCCAAGGGCCGUGUCGCCAUCUCCGGGGGUGCUCUCUUCAUCCUGGCAGGUAUGAAUUUGGUCCAGCCCUGUUUGUGGGCUGGGCCUCAGCUGGCCUGGCCGUGCUGGGGGGCUCCUUUCUCUGCUGCACAUGCCCGAAGCCAGAGAGACCCAACAGCAGCCCACAGCCCUACCGGCCCGGACCCUCCACUGCUGCCCGAGAGUACGUCUGAGCUCCGCCUGCCCUGGCCAGCCCCCCGCCCAGUGGCCCCCUCGCCCAGCCUCCAGCCAGCCUUGCAGCACACAGGGCAGGGCCAGUAGAGCACAGGAUGUCCCCAGAGCUCAGUCUGGUGCUCUGAGCAGCUUGUCAACACAAGCACCUACCCUACAAUCUGAUACCAAGAACCUCAGAGAAAGGCCAGAGGCAGGACCCAGCCUCCAGGCACACACACAGAGAUGCAGGUCCAGGCAUGGUGCUGUCUGCACAGCCUCGUGGGCACCAGCAUGUGUCCCUGGGGACAGGCCCUCAGGCACCAGCCCAGCUGCUGCCUUUUCACCUGCUCCUUCGUUUACACACUGAAGAGCCGCGUGGAUGUCUGCUCUGUGCUAGGCCCUGGAGAUACAGCAGUGGCCAAGACAUCCUUAGUACCCAGGUCCUUGGGGUGAGCAGAACCCUUCAUCCCAAUCCCAAGGGUUCCUCACUGCAACCCCAUAGGGCAGUGCCGGGAUGCUGAAAGUUCACACAGGUACAGGGAGGGUCUGAGUUCAGGUCUCAGGUUCUUCCAGUGUGCCCAGCACCAGGAGCCACUCACACAGAUGGCUAGGUGGGACCACAGCACCCCCACCCCUGGGAAUGGGUCCUAGGCAGGGUUGCUGUGAGGCCCAAGGUCUGGUGGUGCUGGCCAGUCCCCAUGUCCAGGCCUGAAUGCACAGCCCCUGCCCCCACCCCCACAGCUAUCCACUAACCAGCUCUCUCUUUUUUGACUUUCAGACCAGUUGUUAAAUUGCCCGCCUCUGCCAAGGGCCCCCUGGGUGUGUAAUGUCCAGUCCCCAACCAGGCUCUAUCCUCUGCCAUACCCAGACUGUGUGUUUCAUAUUUUUUGGAAAGAGAAGUGAACAUCCAGCCCCAA